GUACAGAUUGUAAAAAUAUUAUUGUGUUAAAGCACUCAACAAUACCGGUCUUCAUCUAGAUUUUUUAUAAAAAAUGUUUUAGGAUAUCGAAAAAUUUAGAUGCAUGCGAAUGAAUAUACCUAAAAACUAGGGAAUGAUUAAGUUUGCACAUACCGAUUAAACAGAUUCAAACUCUGUAAAUAGAGGCAAUAUGCAUUAUCAUUUCUGAUAAAAGUUGAUUAUACCAAAGAAAAAAAUGAAUGUUAAUAAAUUUAACGAUUUAAUGCGUAACAAUUAUUUGUAUAAAUACUGUAGCACUUAUUGUACUCAACGUUUAGCCGAUAUUCCGCUAGGAUUUAAGCCAAAAGAAUUUGAAGAAGGGUGGUACGAGACAUGGGAGAAAAAUAAAUAUUUCUUGCCAAAGGAUAAUGAACGGGAACCUUUUAAAAUAAUUUUACCACCACCGAAUAUUACUGGUAUUCUGCAUUUAGGUCAUGCAUUAACUGCAACUGUAGAAGAUGUUUUGGCUCGAUGGCACAGGAUGAAAAAUGAUCCUGUUAUAUGGAUACCAGGUUUAGAUCAUGCUGGUAUUGCUACCCAAGCUGUUGUAGAAAAAUAUCUUCAAAGAUCCAGAGGUAUGACAAGACACGAUCUUGGAAGAGAAAAAUUUGUAUCAUUGGUUUCGGAGUGGAAAACUGAAAAAGGGAAUAUUAUCAAUAGUCAAUUAAAAGUCUUAGGAGCAAGUGUGGAUUGGUCCAGAGAAUUUUUUACAAUGAGUGAGAAUCAUGCAAAUGCAGUGACACAAGCAUUUGUUACAUUAAAUGAUCGCAAUUUGUUGUAUAGAGACAAAGACAUGAUAAAUUGGUCACCUAAUUUACAUAGUGCAGUGUCUGAUAUAGAAGUAGAAGUUAUGUCUAUUGCUGGGAAAAUAGAUAUCGAGGUUCCUGGUUAUAAAAAAAAAGUUACCUUUGGUCAGAUAGUCGAAUUUGCAUAUAAACUCCGAGAUUCAGAUGAAGAGAUUAUUGUAGCUACUACAAGACCUGAAACUAUACCAGGAGAUGUAGCAGUAGCAGUUCAUCCGGAUGAUGCUAGAUAUUCUCGUUAUAUCGGUUCUCAUCUUUGGCACCCAUUUAGAAAAACAUUUAUACCAGUGAUCGGUCAUACUUCCGUAAGCAUAGAGUUUGGUACUGGUGCAGUAAAAAUUACACCAGCACAUGAUCGGAAGGAUUACGCUAUUGCCAGAGAACACAAUUUAGAAAUUAUUGAUGUUAUUGACGAGGACGGAAAGAUAACUGCGAAUACCAAGUCAUUUGAAGGUUUGCCGAAGUACAUUGCUCGCGAAAAGAUUCUAGUAGCAUUAUCAGAAAUGGGAGCUUUAAAGAGUAUAAAGGAUCAUGAAAUGUCGAUACCUCUCUGCUCUCGAUCUGGCGAUGUUAUUGAAUAUCUGCUCCGAGAACAGUGGUUUGUUAAUUGUAAAAGCAUGGCCGAACGUGCUCUGCAAGUUGUCAAAGACGGAUCAUUAAAAAUUGACCCAUCAUUUCAUGAACAAACGUGGUACGACUGGCUGGGAAAUAUCAGAAACUGGUGUGUUUCACGACAGUUAUGGUGGGGUCAUCGCAUCCCUGCUUAUCAUUGUACAAGUGGAAGUGACUCUGGUUGGAUAGUGGCCAAGUCCAUAGCAGAUGCUAAUAUUUUGGCCCAGAAGAAGUAUGGAAAUAAUUUUAAUCUUAAACAAGAUAAUGACGUGUUGGAUACGUGGUUCUCUUCUGCUUUACUUCCAUUCUCAUCGAUGGGAUGGCCAAAUCAAACCCAGGACUUGAAGAAGUAUUAUCCUCUGACCCUAAUGGAAACUGGACAUGAUAUAUUAUUUUUCUGGGUAGCAAGGAUGGUCAUGUUAGGACUGGAACUCACCGAUCAGUUGCCAUUUAAAGAAGUAUUACUCCAUGGUGUCCUAUGUGAUGGUCAAGGGAAAAAAAUGUCCAAAAGUCGCGGUAAUGUUAUUUCCCCAGAAAGCGUGAUUAAUGGUGUUACUUUGGAAGAGCUGAAUGAGCAAGCUCGUCAAAGUUUUGAGGCUGGCUUACUCAGUAAAACAGAAUUAAAGAGAACAUUGACUGUAAACCGUAAAAUGUUUCCGGACGGAAUUCCCGAGUGUGGAACAGAUGCUUUGCGAUUGACACUUUGUUCUCACAAUUUGAAAAGCCGACAAAUUAACUUCAAUGUCAUCGAAUGUUACUCCAAUAAACUUUUCUGCAAUAAAAUUUUACAAGCAUCCAGAUAUGUUUUACGUAUGACCAAUGAUGAUCCAAUUGGGAUGCCAAAAACCUUUAGUACUAUCGAUCGUUGGAUUUUGAGCCGAUUAUCUUUGAUGGUGUCAGCUGUAAAUGAUGCCUUUACUGAAAGACAUUUCUACAAAGCAGUGGCAAUGCUUAGAGAGUUUUUUUAUUAUGAAUUUUGUGAUUUUUAUUUGGAAGCUACAAAAUUAGGAUUUAAAAGCGAAGAAGAUGAUCUUGUAAUAAGCCACAGAUAUACUUUGAUUAAAUGUCUUGAGGUUUCCUUACGAGCGAUUGCGCCCAUUGUGCCCUAUCUGAGUGACAAUUUAUAUACGAAAUUGUCAAAAAAAUUUCCAUCUUUUUUGACUGUGCCAUCAUUAUUAGAAGCACCAUACCCAAAGCAAGAGGAAUUCCUACAUCUGAGAGAUAUUCCUCUAGAGAAACAGAUGGACAAAGUAUGGAAGGUUGUAAUAGAACUUAGAAGUCUACUAGCUGGUGUAAAUAAAGAAUUUAAACCUGAAGUACACUUGGUGAGCAGUGUUCAUGACGAUUGCAAUCUGUACGAUGAUAAUCUAAACGCGAUUAUGAGGUUGGGUAAAAUUCAAAAUAUCAAAGUAAUACCAGAGAGUGGUUAUACAAAGAAGGAUGGCAGUAUAUGUGCUACUGUUGGAACUAACUGUUAUCUGUUUCUUCUAUUCGAUGAUGACAAAAUUACUGCGCAAAUAAGAAAUCGAAUUGAUAAAAAAAUACAGCAGACAGAAAAAAAAUUGAAUGAUUUGAUAACAUUGACUGCUAAAAAAGGGUAUAUAGCUAAUACUUCUGAUUUUGAGAAGGAGAAAAACGUAGAAAAGAUCAGUUCUUUACAGCUUGAAUUUGACAAAUGGAAAAGGAUGUUAUAACGCCAGUAUGAAGCUUAAAAGUUGUAGAAUUUCAUGAAGUCGAAUAAAAUUGUAAUUACUUA